AUGUCGCUCAACCUUACCGAUGCUGCGGACGACCGCAGUUACAAGGAGAUGGAAAAGUACACCGUGGAGCGAGUGGCAGGACAGGGAACGUUUGGCACCGUUCAACUUGCACGCGACAAAAGCACGGGGUCACUAGUAGCAAUUAAGAAGGUGAUACAAGAUCCGCGCUUCAAAAACCGAGAGUUGCAAAUUAUGCAGCAUUUAGCACGACUUCGCCAUCCUAACAUUGUGAUGUUGAAGAAUUACUUCUACACAGUCGGUGGGGAAGGACGGCGCAACGAUGUUUAUCUCAAUGUGGUGAUGGAAUUUGUCCCCGAAACGCUGCACCGCACGUGCCGGAACUAUUACCGUCGCAUGACAAAUCCUCCACUAAUACUGGUGAAGGUGUUCAUGUUCCAAUUGCUUCGGAGUAUCGCCUGUCUUCACAUCCCCGUGAUCAACAUUUGCCACCGUGACAUCAAGCCACAUAAUGUUCUCGUUGACGAGCAAACGGGGGAAUUGAAACUGUGUGACUUUGGAAGUGCCAAGAGGCUUGCGGCAGAUGAGCCCAAUGUGGCCUACAUUUGCUCGCGUUACUAUCGCGCUCCGGAGCUCAUAUUUGGCAAUCAGUUCUACACCACUGCCGUGGAUAUAUGGUCGGUUGGCUGUAUAUUUGCCGAAAUGCUUCUUGGUGAACCGAUAUUCUGCGGUGAGAACACUUCUGGGCAGUUGCGUGAGAUUGUUAAAAUACUUGGAAAACCAACGAAGGAGGAAUUGCACAAAUUGAAUGGGAGUAGCACAGAGAUUAAUGCAAAUGCCAAAGCAACACCGUGGGAGAACGUCUUCAAGCAGCCACUUCCUGCCGAGGUGUACGAUUUGUGCGGAAAAAUAUUUAAGUACGUACCUGAUCAGCGCAUUACACCUCUGGAUGCACUCUGUCAUCCCUUUUUCAAUGAGCUGCGGGAGCCAACAACGAAGCUUCCCAGUGGUAAUCCCCUCCCAGCGCAUUUGUAUCAGUUCACUCCUGAUGAAGUGGAGGCCAUGACGGAGGCGCAGCGGGAGUAUCUGCUGAAGAAGUAA